AUGGACCAAGUUUUUGAAAUUCCCGAAGAGCCAAACGUGGAGCCGAUAUCCUCUCUUGAGGAAGAUGUCAUCCGUGGGGCCAACCCCCGAUUUACCUUUCCAUUUGGCAUCCUCUUCUCCACCUUUUUGUACUGUGGAGAGGCAGCAUCUGCCUUGUAUAUGGUUAGAAUCUACCGGAAGAAUAGUGAAACCUACUGGAUGACAUACACCUUUUCUUUCUUUAUGUUUUCAUCCAUCAUGGUCCAGUUGACCCUCAUUUUUGUCCACAGAGACCUGGCCAAAGACAAACCACUAUCAUUGUUUAUGCACCUAAUCCUCUUGGGACCUGUUAUCAGAUGUUUGGAGGCCAUGAUUAAGUACCUCACACUGUGGAAGAAAGAGGGGCAGGAGGAGCCCUAUGUCAGCCUCACCCGAAAGAAGAUGCUAAUAAAUGGCGAGGAGGUGCUGAUAGAAUGGGAGGUGGGACACUCCAUCCGGACCCUGGCUAUGCACCGCAAUGCCUACAAACGUAUGUCACAGAUUCAAGCCUUCCUGGGCUCAGUGCCCCAGCUGACCUAUCAGCUUUAUGUGACUCUGAUCUCUGCAGAGGUCCCCCUGGGUAGAGCAGUGCUCAUAGUCUUUUCCCUGAUAUCUGUCACCUAUGGGGCUACCCUCUGCAACAUGUUGGCCAUCCAGAUCAAGUAUGAUGAAUACAAGAUUCGCCUUGGGCCACUAGAAGUCCUGUGCAUCACCAUUUGGCGGACAUUGGAGAUCACCUCCCGCCUCGUGAUUCUCGUGCUCUUUUCAGCCACCUUGAAGUUGAAAGCUGUGCCCUUCUUACUGCUGAACUUCCUGAUCAUCCUCUUUGAGCCUUGGGUGAAGUUCUGGAGGAGUGGUGCCCAGAUGCCCAAUAACAUUGAGAAAAAUUUCAGCCGAGUGGGCACCCUGGUGGUGUUGAUUUCCGUUACUGUCCUCUACGCUGGCAUCAACUUCUCUUGUUGGUCAGCUUUGCAGUUGAAGUUAGCAGAUAGGGACCUUGUUGAGAAAGGACAAAACUGGGGACACAUGGGCCUGCACUAUAGUGUGAGAUUGAUAGAGAAUGUGAUCAUGGUCUUGGUUUUUAAGUUCUUUGGAGUUAAAGUGUUACUGAAUUACUGUCAUUCCUUGAUUGCCUUGCAGCUCAUUAUUGCUUAUCUGAUUUCCAUUGGCUUCAUGCUCCUGUUCUUCCAGUACUUGCAUCCAUUGCGCUCACUCUUCACUCACAAUGUAGUGGACUACCUCCACUGUGUAUGCUCCCAUCGACACCCUCAGGGCAGAGUUGAGAACUCAGAGCCAUCUGCUGAUGCUGAAGCAAGGCAAAGCAUUGCCUGA